GGAGAGUGUCAGCUUAAAAGCGUUAAAAUGGAGGAAUUUGGCGUUUAUGCAAUAUUUGGAGUAGAUGAACCACCACAACAGAUCUUAAGACGUGAUGGGUGGCAGAGCUCAGUUGAGAUCCAGCCUAGUGUUCAGCUGAUGGUUCUCUUCACCAGAGGAGACUGGGGAAAGAGAGACUCAAUCUCUGUGGAACUUGCUGAUGAGAGGGACAUACCCAUUAAUAUGGGAAAACUAACACCAUUCAAUAAAUGUCUGUCAUGGGAAGCUGGUGAGGAUGGAGUCUGGUCCAGUGGAGCAACCUUAACUGUCAAACUCAGUGGGGGUACUAGUGAUUUCUUGGAUCCAGUGUUGACUGUUUCACAGAUGGAAUGCACUCCAGAGUGCAACUCCACAGCACCUGUAUUAAGGGAGUGUCCAGGCAAGAGGAAGUGGUCUCAGGAAGAGGAGGAAGAAGAAAUCAAUGAAGGGAGAGGAAAGGAGAACAUCUGCCCUAACGCCUCCCAAAAGGCAACACCUCACAGACGUGGCAAGAACAAUCCUCGUGGAGGUCAAACACGUCUGUUCUCUCAAAAGGAGGAACAGACUGCAACUUCCAGUUCUCAAAGCCACAAGGCUAAAGGCAAGCAGGCCAAAACCCUCUUACAGACUGCUUCAUUGGACAAACCGUCAGGUCGCUGGGGUCAGACUCUCUGCCCCAUUGAUCCUCAGACAGCCAUUUUGAUUGGAGGACAAGGAUCCAGAAUGCAGUUCUGCAAAGACCCCAUCUGGAAACUGUGCACAGAGGAUCUUUCUUGGGUACCUGCUGAAACCCUGGCAGAAGGACCGACCCCUGAGGCCCGAAUUGGUCACACAGCAACCUAUGAUCCGGAGUCUAAGCGUAUCUUUGUGUUUGGCGGCUCAAAGCAUAAGAAAUGGUUUAAUGAUGUUCACAUCUUAGACACACAAAGCUGGCGUUGGACUUUGGUAGAGGCGCAGGGAAAAGUGCCUCCUCUGGCUUAUCACAGCUGCAGUAUGUUCCGGGGAGAGCUCUUUGUGUUUGGAGGAGUGUUUCCUCGCCCACAUCCAGAACCGGACGGCUGCAGUGACUCCAUCUACAUCUUUAACCCUGAUAUGGCCAUCUGGUAUCAACCCAUUGUCAAUGGAGAGAAGCCUGCACCACGCUCUGGGCACUCAGCAUGUGUGAUGCAGGGGAGCAUCUUUGUGUUUGGCGGAUGGGACACUCCUGUCUGCUUCAAUGACAUGUUCAUGCUAGAUCUUGGCUUGAUGGAGUUUUCUGCUGUGAAGACAAGUGGGACAGCCCCCUCUCCUAGAAGCUGGCAUGGCUGUGCAGUUCUUUCAGACUGCAACUUCCUGGUCCAUGGUGGAUACAAUGGGAACAAUGCACUGAGUGACACAUUCAUCUUCAACACUGACACUAGUUGCUGGUCAUCUCUGUUUCUAUCCCAGCUCAAUUCUUUCCCCCGAGCUGGACAUUCCAUCAUUACCAUGUCCACCACAUGCAGAAAGGGAUCUAUAGAUGAAGAGGAGGACCUUCCAGAAUCAUCCCCACAAACGCUGUUGGUUUUUGGUGGAGGUGACAAUGAAGGGAGCUUCUUCUCCGACCUUUUCACUAUGCCAGUAGAAGAGCUAAGAAGAGACUAAACACUUGCAUCACAAUUCGGUUUUACAUGCUUUUUUAAGCUGUGCUUUUUCAGAUUUUGUUCUUUGGUUUGAUUGUGGCUUACUUAAAGAGGUGCAUUACACUUUCACUCAGGUAUUUGCAUUAUAUCAUCCUUUAUUUACAAGUUUAUGCUCAGACCUUGGGAAGUCAGUCUAUAAUGUUAUGAUUUGUGAUACAAGCCCAUUAUUAUUAUAGAUCAGGAAGAGUGGGCUGUUUUCUUCAGAAGAAGAAUACUUAUUCAAACAUCAUUAGAUAGAGAUUUGUUUUCUUGUUUAUUCCAUGAAGGGAUUCAGGUUUGAUCAACGAAAAGCUUUUUUGGUGUCCGUUUUGUAUAUACAUGGUUUUAGAAAAAGCUUCUUUUUUAAUGUCUUUGUAAAAUUAUGAUUUGGCAGUAAAUACUGUCGCAGCAAACCUGUUCAAAAUUAAACGUUCUUUAUAAAUUCAAA